UCACCAUGGCUGAGUCUUUAAGUGAAGUUUCCAGCAGCAUGGAAGGUUUGGAAGGCACAGAGGAGGGAAAGAAGAAAUCCAAGUUUAAAGCCUUCAGGAACUUUUUCGGCAAGAAGAAGAAGAAAGAACUGGAAGAUGUCGUGGAAGUAAGAGGGCUAAAGACAAGGUUUUCCAGCAGCAGUGUAAAGCCAGUUCUGGAAGUCCAAGUGGUGGAGAACAAGCCUAAGAGCAGCAUGGGAAACAAGGCCAUAUCCCAUGAUAGUGUCUUCUGUUUGGAGCCUGAACCUGAAAAACCAGCAAGCAAAUUGCUGUCUUCUCCUAAGGACAAGAGAAGCAGAUCACGGAAGAAAUCUUCUAUUUCCAGAAUUCUGCCUAGAAUCUCAGGAACUGAUGUCCUGGGAGCUUUGAGUGGAUCUGUGAGACGCUAUGAUACCAAAAGUGAACUCUGGGUUUCGGGUUCCAAGGUUGCUGAGACCCCAUCUCCACGCUCCCGGAAACUCAGCAUCAGCCCCAGUGCUAUCCGAUCUGAGAAAGUCUCCAAGGACUUGGAGACAGCUGAUGACAACACACCCACGAGCUCCAAAGGGAUAUCUUCAUCACACUGUUCAUCAACAACAAGGAAGAGCACCUCGGAACUGUCCUCAGAUCUUGAUAUAUCCUCCCAAAGCAGCACUCAGCAGAUUUCGGGGUUCAGCACCCCAGCCACCUCUCAAGGCUGUUUGGAUUCUUCAGCUGCUAAACACAAGAUAGCUGUAAAACCCCGGAAACAGAAGAGGAAGAAGACAAUGUCCUUGUCUGCCAAAGCAAAGCACGAGGAGCAGCAUGCUGCGAUGGAGACUAAAGAAAAGGCUACAACUAAGACAAAACAAGCAGAUGGAAAGGAGAAGAAGAGGGACCCCACAGGGCCCCCAAGCCAGGACCAGAGCAACAAAACUGAAACUCAAGAUAAGAAGACAAGGGAUCAGACUCUAAGCACCGAUGCUGCCUCGAGCACAGGCCAUUCGACUUCAGAAUCCUUCCCAAGAAGACGUAGAAGAAGGGUCAAAAAUGAGUUGGGGAUCAUAGAAAAGAGCCUUGUAAAAUCCACUCAAGAGCGUGACCGGGGCAGUAAAGCUGAACCCUCACCUAGUGAAGAGUUGGCUGGUAGGGAGCACUCAAUCUUGAAGCGUUACCUGGAGAAGCAAGGCACAGAGCAGAUCACGACUGCAGAAGGUCCUACUCCUCGGGAGAUGCCCGCAGAUAAAAGGGAUGUGAAGGGGAAAAUGGCUGACAGAGAUGUUGAAACCCGAAGAUCACCAGCACCACGACCUACAGAUGUGGCAGAGUCCAGGGUUAGUGGUCCACCACCCAGCCGUGAGGAAGGGUCUUCUGAAAGCAAGAAGAAAAAGGAUAGAGAUGCUUUGUUGCCACAGGCAAGAAGAUCUUCUACAAGUGAAGAAGAAGCCACUGUCUCAAGGGCAGUGGAGGCCCAAGAGCAUAAGCAUCCUCCUCAAGUCCAUGGAGAAGAGAAAGAAGCAUCCAAAGUUGGUUUGCAAAAGCUUCAACCCAAAAUGGAGUUAUCUUUGGAGAGCACAAGUUACCACAAAGAGAGGCAACCUAGAGGUGGCCUUCGGGUCUUUCCAGCAAGUGCUUCAACUGUUACUACCGCAGGUGAUGCUUCUAUGCAGGUUUUGCCUCUUCCUCUCAGAAGGUGGCCAAAUGCAGGGACAGUCUCUUCUGAUUCAAAGAGUACUUCAGAGUACGAGAGUAGUUCUGAAGUGCAGCCGAUCCCUCCACAUUCCUUCCAGCUUGCGUUGAACCCUCAGGAUGAUGACGAUGUCUUCCCCAAAUCAGAAAAUGCAGAUGCAGAAGUGGACAAGACGGAACAGAAGCAGCCUCUUGGCUAUUCCUCCCAGUCAUCAGGAAAAGCCAAAGCUAGAGAAGUCCUCUCAGUCUCUGACAAGUCUUCAGAAGAACCGGGAAGCAGUGAGGAGAUGACAUCUGCCCAGUCCUCCCAGUCCUCUGAGGAGUAUGAAGAAUGUCCAGAAUCAAGAAGUUUUAUCUUAGAUUCUGUAUCUGGAGAGCAUUUGGCUCCCGAGAAGCAUCCCCAGACAUUGCAGGAGUCUGAAGAAAAGGAAUUCUCCACAGAAUCAAGCAGUUACAUCGAUAGAUACCAAAGUUCUGAGGAUCUGACCAGCUCGGAUGAAGAGCAGUCUCUUGAAAGUUCCAAGCAGGCCCGGGGUCAGUCCAGAGAGCAGCAGGAAGUGUCCCCGGUUUUGAAGAGUGUUCCAAAUGAAUCGAGUGUUUCUGCCAUGCCAAUGCACCCCAUACACACUUCUCCACCCACUGUGAGCCCUAUUACUCAGCAGCAACCCCCCGUUUCAGUGAACAUUUCUGCAGGACAGAGCAAACCUGUGCAGCCACUGUCUCCCAGCCACACCAUCAAGUCAUGGGGGAGCUCUCAGUCUGAACAUCAAGUGUUUGCAGAUCCAGAGGGCGUUCCUGAUGACUGGAACAUUUUUAUACAGCCACCAUCUCCUAUAAAGGCUUCGAAGCACCCAGUGGGGUACAAUGUUGAGCAAAAUGUCUCCUCCAGUCCAGAUAUUUCGACCAUGGAAGAGGUGGCGUCUAUGGAGUCCUUGCUUCUCAGACACCAUUCUCAACCUCCAGUCAGACCAGUACUUGAGCCAUGUCCAUGUGCAGGCCCAGAGAGUGCUGUUUUUGAAGAGGGUGUUGCUGCACAGCCUCCCAGAUACCCUUCCCAGUCCUUAAUGAGACCAAGCAUGAAGAAGGAAUUACCGUUGGGUGCAGAAAGUGCUGCAUUUGAGGGAAGUCAUUUUCUGGAGCCUCUGCCUCCUGUUUCUAUGGAGCCCCUUCCUGCUCAGACCCCAAUGCAGCCCUUCAUGCAGCAUCAGGCUUCUGCUUUUGAAAGAGGGGUUUCUAUGGAUCCAAGGCUUAUGGCACACUCUUUCCAGCCAUGGAUAAACCCCCCCGGGAAGCAAUCAUUUUCAACUCCAGAGAGCACAGCUUUAGAAGGGAACACUUCUAUGGAGCAUGUACCUCCUACCCUUCCCCAGCCUAUGCAACAGCCUUAUCAAAAUGUGCCUUUAGAAUCAGAGGCUGUUGCUGCUAAGGUCAUUUCCAUGGGCCCACUGCAUACCCAGUAUUCAGCUCAGUUAUUACUAAAUCCUCAAAGUCAACUGUUCUCAGAAAGCGCCUCUGCACAAGGCACCACUUUGGCGGAGCUACUGCCUCCCCAACCUUCAGUAAAGACCAAAUUCCAGCCACAGAUGACCCGAGAUCCAGCAAGCACUUCCACUCAGUGGGGCAGCCCCAUGGAUCCCACGUCUGCUCAACAUAUCUUCCAAACACAGGCUAGUCCUAAAUUUAAGAAAGUUCUUACAGGUUCAGACAGCCCUGAGGCCCAAGGGGAUAUCUCUAAGCAGCCAGAUUCUCCCAGAUGCCCUUCCCAGCCAUGGCUGACUCCUACUUUUGAGCAAAUGUCUGUACCCCCUGGCAAUGUUCCUGCUGCCUGGUCCAUUCCUUUUUAUCCACCAGCUCCCAGAAUGCCUUCUCAGCCCUCGAUGGGAUCAGUAGUCCAACAACCAGUCUCCACAGGAUCCAUGAACACAUCUGUACAACAGAUCAGCAGCAUAGAGCCAACGUCUCCUAGACACCCUUUGCAGUCAUGGUCGCCUUCUCCAUUUGAACAAGUCUCUGUACCCCCAGACAGUGCUGCAACACCAGCAUGGGGCAUGCCUAUUGAGCCACCAGCUCCCAGAAUGCUUUCUCAGCCCUCGAUGGGAUCAGUAGUCCAACAACCAGUCUCUCCUGAGAUAGUGGGUAUGUCUGUGCCACAGAGCAGUACCAUGGAGCUAACGCCAUCUAGAUUCCCUUUCCAGCCAAGAGUAGAUCCAGAGAUUUAUGGAGCAGAGGAGGAUGUUUCUGUAAUGAUGAGGCCUGGAAGACAUCAUUCCAAGCCCCCAAUAAGUGCGGGAUUCAAGGAAGACGUUUCCCCAGAUUCAAUGAGAGCUUCUGGAGAAUGGGGCAUUCCUAUCGAGUCAAUGCCUUCCAAAUAUGCUCCUCAGUCAUGGUUGGGCCCUGAAUUUGAACAACAAACCUCAAGUCUAGAAGGUGUUGCUCAAGAGGGGAGCAUUUCUCAGGAGGCAUGGCUUUCCAAAAAUCUUUCCCAAGCUAUUAUCAAGCCGCAAGUCCAGAAAACACCGUCAAGUUUUGAGAGUACCUCUAUGGAGGGAGGUGUUCCUUGGAUGCCACAGCCUCCCAAAGCUCCCACCUCAUUCUUAACGGGAUCUAACGUUCAGGAAAUGCCCUCCCAUCUCGAGAGUGCUGUUGCUCAAGAAAGUGCUAAGAAAGCUCAGGAUAGCAGGGCUUCCUCCCAGUUACUUAUGAAGUUCAUGACUGAGCAAAUGUUUUCAGAGAGCACUGCUAGCGAAACUGACAUUUAUGCAAAGCCCACGCUUCGGAGUCGAAGCCGUCCUUCCAGAUCCUUACUGAAGCCAAAACUUGAGGAACAAGCUUUCCUAUAUAACUGGGAUGAUGAACCCAAGGGAGACACCGCUUUGAAGAACGUGCCCGUGAAGCAGCCUUCGCAGUCACCCAGAGGGCCCGAAGAGCCACAGGAUGUUCUAUCAUAUUCUGAAGGCACCCCUAUGAAAUGGAGCAGUGCUGCAGUGGGCGUCUCUCAGCUCCUGGGAAAGCUUGAGCGCAGGCAGAAAGUGUCAACCUCUGUCAGUUUUCCAGAAGAGUGGAAGAGGUCUGAAGGACAGCUGCCUUCCACACAGCCUUCUCAAGCCUUUGAUGUAGCUGGGUUGCAGCCACCGAUGUUUUCAACAGGUUCUGCAAAUGUGGAGUGGAGCUGUCCUGAGGAGCACCAGCCACCCGGUCAGUCUACUCAGGGUUUCUUGAUGAGUGACUAUCAGCAACAAGUUUAUUUAAGUUCUGUCAAUGCUGCCGCUGAAGGAACCAUUUCUCAGAAGAAUACUGACAGCUGGCCCAUGCCCGAACACCCAGAUUCUCCAAAGAAAACCAUGAAAUACACACAAGGCUAUGGGGACUUCACUAAAAGCACCUCAACUUCUAUUACCAAACCUAGCAAGUUCACUACUGUUCCUGCCCAGAAAGCAGUCGUUUCCACAGGCGCUUACUCUACAGAGGGAAUUCCUCAGUGUCGUGAUGAUGGUGACAGUCCUUCAUCCACCAAGGUUGAUGUCGAAAAUGUUUUCGGAGUGCGACUGCGAAGAAUCUCACAGAAGAGUGGGAUGGAGAAUCCAGACCCUUUCAUGCCAGACAUCACAGCAAACAAAGAACAGAUGAACAAAGGCGCUCCCCAGGCCGUCAGUGGAGGCCUAGAGAAGCUCAGCCAAGCAGUUAGCAUUGCAGAAAAGCAAGGGAGCAGUUCCAAAUAUGAAGGCACUUCCAAGAAACCUGCAGUUUACAGGCCUCCAGAAAAGACUGCCAGUUUGAAGGCAGACAGCACUCCAGAGCCAACUUGGAUCAAUGUGGCAAAACAGAGGCAAAAGGGCUUUGUAUCCCAGUUUCCUAAAACAUCCAGGGUCAGAGCUGAAAUCAAGGCUGAGAUUAAGGAAUCAAGAUAUGAGUCAAAACACGAUCCAGACUCGGAAAUUCCACCAAAGGAACAUGAACCCAUAACUGAUGCCCUACCAAGAAUGAAUUUUUCUCCCAAUAUUCCAAGACAGGAGAUGUCAAAGAUGUCUAAGUCUACAAAAGCAGUUGUAUUUGAUGAUCCGAACAUGCUUCACCCACAUGGCAAGGAGAGAGAAACCAGACGUUCUUCAAGUCUACCAUCCAAAUUUCCACCGCCUGAGGAGCCUGUGUGGUUCUCAAUGGCCAAGAAGAAGGCCAAAGCAUGGAGCCAAAUGGCAGACAACAUACAAUAAACAGCUCCUGGUUAAAGCAUCAGCAUUUUCAGUAAUAAUUGCCAGUAGCUGUGGUAAUUCCAUAUAACAUUUUUACUAGGGGUAGUUUUAUUAAGGAAAAUAACUUUAGAAAUAGGUAUUAACGUUUCUAAUUAUUUGAGUGAAAUAAAUGCUACUAAUAUCUAACCCUCAGCAUGUCACUACCAAUAUCCCAGCAUGUUCACCAGAAAAGUUAUGCUAUAGAAUUGCAAAAUCAUUAACUUUAGACAUUGUGCCUUAGAAGAAAUGAAACAACCAUAUUUCACUUCAACUUAACGAUUGCCAUUUCUUUCAACUGAAUAAUUUUAACGGAAAGAUUUAGGUGAUUUAGCCCAAGGAAUGGAUGUACUUUCAGCCAAAAAGAUGACAAGUUCACUAGUUAGACUGUGUCUGUGUCCUCUCUGUCUCCAGGCUUAAGGCAAAGAACUCUGUGUAACUCAGUGUCUUAGUUACUUUCCCUAUUGCUGCAAUAAAUCUCUGAUAAGGUCAACCUAAGGAGAAAGGACUUAUUUUGGCUUGGAGUUUGAGUGUAUAGUUCAUCAUAGCAGGGAAUUCCUGGUAGCAGGAACUUGAGGAAGUUGGUAACAUUGCUUUUCCAGUCAAGAAAUGGAACUAAUGAAUUCCUGUGUGGUGUCAUCUAUGGCAGGCAGCUUUAUUCCCACCUUAAUUAACCUUUCCAUCCUCAAAUUUUCCACAUUUAUCUCUCAAAUUUAGCAAAUAUUAUAAGAGAUACAUUUAAAUGCCUUAACAAUUAAACCUAGCUCCUUUUCCUAGAUCCAAGGGCAUCUACUUGUGUCAUAUUGUGCUUGCUUUGCUUAAACAGACAUGCAGCCCUGAACAUCUAUGUUGGAUGCUUCCCCAUUAAAACCAAGUCUAGUGAGGCAAUGAGAUUCUAUAGCUAACUUAAAUAACUGGUGCUGGGUUUUGCUGAUGAUAGUAUAAUGACAUGCUGUACAACAACAUGAUGGAUUUUUCAUUAAAUUUUGAUCCUCUAGUUUUGCCCUUUUGAUUAUGUUAAGUUUUUGAUUGACUGGAUUUCAUUCCAUUUAUAUCCCCAUAGUGAAUAGUUUGUUUAAACCAAUGCCCUUAACAUAGGUAAUUUCAGUAUAUUGCUCUGACAAUUCCCUUCCCCAUUUUUACCUAUGCCUUCAUUACAUUGUUCUCACUAUGAGAACUCCCCAUUAAUGAUAUCUCUCCCAUUACUAACAAAUAUCAGUGUUUACUUAUUAUAAGCAUAAGUUUUUCAGUGCCUAGAAAUGUAUUCUGAUAAGUUUACUUGUUUCUUUUAGCUUUCUUGUUUUUUGAUUAAUGCAAAGCAAAUAAAUUCAAUAAAAUUU